AUGAGCUCAAUCACAGAGGAUAGGACACUGCACAACUUCAUCCUGGAGAACUAUCCAGAUGAAGCGCUUUUGGAGACACUUGAAGAGUACGCGUACUCGCCUGAAGCGACUAAAGCCAUCUCAGAGACUCCGUCGACCCACAGCUUCAGGGAAUGGAUCAGGAGCAUUCGAAGCAGCAAAGCAAGUCUUCCACAGGGUCCAUCACGCUUUGUGACAGACUGGCCAGAAGAUGAGGGGCUAGAUGACAGCUAUCGCAUGUUGCCUAAAGAGCGAAUCAGUGGCGACGAUGCUUCCUUCGUGACAUCUUCCUCGUUCCUUCACAGUGUGAAAACGGCGAGCAUGAGUCUGGCUAGCCUGAGUAUCUUGAAUCGAGGCAGGUCGAAUACUCAAACAAGCAGCCACCAUCGCAGCAGCACCUUUUCCGGUUCUGACCCCCGAAAAUCUAUUGACAGCAACAGGCUUGGAUCAACUCCUCCCUUUGAUGAAGUGGCGUGGCGCCACGCCAUUCAAAGAUACCAGAUCAUUCAAGAGCUGAUUGAUACUGAAGUAUCGUACAUCUCUAUCCUCAAGAAUCUAUCACAGGGUCUCUCACUGGUCCUUAUAGCUCCAUCCGGAGUUCACCAAAGCGUCGACAAGCUCAUUACAUUCCAUGAACGACUACUAGCCAGCCUUCGGAACCGUCCAACUGUUUCUACAUCGAAUGCAAACCUCAAUACAAGAGGUCCGACCCGCCGAAUGAAAUAUGCAAACGAAAACGACCCAAACCCAUCUACAAUUGGGGCGAAUAGCAUAUUUCUAGCUCCGAAAAAACUUCGUUGGCAAGCAAGCCCACGUAUCCGAUCACCAACUGUUCUUAUGGCUACACCGAAAGAGGCAGCGGACGUAGCAUGCAUCUUAAAGGCACAUCUGCCAGGAUUUCUCGUCUAUAAAGAAUAUCUCAUGAAGUACCCGUCGGUGCAAAGUGAGAUCGAUCAACUACGCCAGACAAAACAGAACUGGCAAGCGUAUGACCAGGGACUUGAGGCAUUAUUCCGGACUGUUCAGCCCUUCAGCUCACGUGAGAAGUACGCAAACCAUGCUCGCACCAUUGCCGAUCUUUUGAUACAGCCGGUUCAGAGACUCUGCAAGUACCAGCUCUUUCUAACCGACUUGAUGAAGUGUACUCCGGCAACCCAGUGCCUUGUAACACACGAAACGCUUCGACAAGCACACCAAGAAACAGUAAAUGUUGCUCAAGAGGUGAACAGCGGCUCCGACGAUCCUAUCGCCAUAGACCGCUAUAGAAAGACAAUGGAGCUCCAAAAAAGGCUUGAAUUUCCCUCGAGCCAGGACUACCAUGAUAUCCUCAAGACGUACGGGCCACUGAAAGUAUGCGGUGUUCUUCAUGUUGCUUACCAAAUCGGGGAAACCGUGUCUGGGAGCUAUAUGGUGUGCGCUUUGUUUGACUCUUAUAUUCUUCUCGCCACGUCAAGUAGUGAUCGCGAAAAAUUCAGGGUUAUGGCCAUCAUUCAUAUCCGUGGGUCAAGACUAGAGGAGCCUGCAAAUGGAAUAGGUGCAAUCCCUUCGAAUGGAUGGCUAACGCUAUGCUUGCAUUGCUCUGGUACUCCCUAUUCCUGGAAGCUCAUAUUCACCUUCGAACAUAGCCUUGUCGAAUUGAUUUUCAGUGCUUGCUCGGAGAAGGAAGAGACAGAAUGGCUUCGGAACCUAAUAAUUCAGAUCAACCCUGAACAGGAAGCCCGGUCGGAGACCGUCGGACAGCCGGUGCGGAAUUCAUUCAUUUAUUUUGCUCUGAAGCCUCUACAGGCUGUGAUACUGAAUGGUCGUUUGCUGAGCGUUGCGCGACGCAGCUCUAUCCAUGGCACUUUGAUCACAACUGGCAGUCCAGAUUACCUGCCCAUUCAUAUUAAGGGAACUACUGCUCUACCUACAAACCAAGCUACUCGUCCUCCAUUAGGGAGGUCACAGUCUGUGCAAAACUCCCGUCGAGAUAUCGUACUCGCACCAAAGAGACAAAAAAGGGUCAAAAUGGAGAAGCGCCUUGUAGACAUCUGGACUCGCGAUGUCGUCCCGUAUCCCGGAAUGCCAUUGGGAAUAGGGGAGUCUUUUAUGCGAACAUCAACGGACGUCUUGAUGGGAAAGUUCACGAGUUUGCCGCAAUUUGCGCGGCGCACUAAUAGUAACCGUAUAUCGAUAAAGAACAAUAGUGUCGAACAAUUUUCUAUCCCAAAAUCCGAGAAUCACAAAAUGGAGGCUGAAGACGAAGAUUCUAUCAACAACAGCCCUACCAAAGAGACUGGUCAAGGCCAAGGAGACGACAAAACUGGCCUCCAAAAGGCGGCGACGGAUGCGCCGAGCACUCAGAGAAGAGGGUUUAUGUCACUUCGCAAGAAGCACUCGAACUUGGUGCAGCGGGCCAUUGGUGAAGCUCCGAGCGAGGUUCGAUAUAAGGGAAGUAGACAGAGUCUCCGCAAACGGCUAAGUGUAGCCUUGUUUAAAUCCAGCUCCCCCGGCAAGUCACGACGAUCCAACUCGGUGGAGGCUUGAUAUGAUAAUUCAUACCGUUUCUUUCUACCCUCACGCUCACAAAAGCGUUUAGAAAACUUCCGGCUGAGAACCAUCUAACGCGGAUUAGGUGUAAAAGGGUCUUCUUUGAGUUCCCAAGUGGACGUGAUGAGGUGGAAACUGCCCGGCACGUUGAAACGAUCGCAUUGCCUAGAUUGACUUUUGAGGUUAAGAUUUAAAGAGCUGAGAUGCAUAGAGAAUAAGUAAAGCCGCAAAAAAGCAGACGGAGAUUUCAUCGGUUAUCAAUUGCUUGUUCUAGGUUUGAGCUCAUCGUAAAAUCUAGCGUCGUUGGGACAAGAAGCACUCCGGGGAGCGUACGGAGUAGAUUAUGCGAGUUGGGCGAUGACGAAGGCGGAGAGAUGACGUCGUUGAGUUUGCAGGUGACAUAGCUCCAGCUGCCAGUUUGUAUGGCGGCAUCAAGUACUCCCCUCCUUGCUAGCC